AUGAAGUUCCACGGCCUUCUAAUGAUGCUCGGCGCCGCGCUGGCUACCUCUAGCAAGACAAUCCCUCUGACCAGAGACCUGAGCCGUUUCGGCCCUGCUCUCUGCCGCCCACCGCACUGCGCAAUGGAACGACCCAGGGUUAUUCUCCGCAGCCUCGCUGCUGGAUACUACUUCCAGCAGGUUUCAGGCAGGAGAGUUCUCCUCAUGGGUCCUCGUGAUCGAGUCUCAUCCGGCACUGGGCGAUGGGUCUUCGGGUCUGAUCGCUCAUGUUGCAAGCGCCGCAAUGUUACUUGUCGUUUCAUCCCUUACGAGGCUGCCAAGUCCAUCUACGACCAGUACAUAUCGCUCAGCGAUUCUGAGAUCGACGACCUUCUCUGUUCUCGUAACGAAGACCCCGAACGCGAUUACGGUGACGAAGACCCAGAACGCGAACUCAGUGACGAAGACUCGGAGCGCGAUUUCAGUGACGACGACUCCGAAGACGAUUACAGUGACAACCCGAAGGACACGCGCAACGAGCUUUAG